AUGGAACCCUUCUCUUUGGUAAUUUUACGGAUGAAUGGGGUAACUACACGAAUUUUACGACUGUGGAGCCAUACACUGGACCGCCAACUUUGGGCUAUAAUAGGAGAGGUAGAGGCAGAUUUCGAAACUCUUGCUGAACAAAACAAGUGUAUGCUGGCUGCUGUAGGAAUUCCAGUACUUCACGCAGAAUCGCAGUAUGGACAGCCAUACACAGGGCCACCAACUUUGGGCUAUAAUAGGAGAGAAUGUAUGCUAGCUGCUGUAGGAAUUCCAGUACUUCACGCAGAAUCGCAGUAUGGACAGGUCGGUUCUUGGAUGCGUGACUCACAUCCACAAUCGGACAGUAUGGCUGAGAAACGUUGGGUUACGGAUGGCUACGCUUCUCCCGUGCUUUACGAAUACGAAAACGAACGACAAAUGAUGAAUAAAGUCCAAAAAAUCAAGUAUUAUGUGGACUAUCUGGCUUCUGGCACAGGUAAUCUAAUCUACAACGGAUCAUAUUACUACCACAAGCACGGAACUACGUCAUUAGUUCGCUAUGAUCUAGAAACUACUGAUCAGAUUGAAUCUGAGCUUGGUAAUAUUGCUCACAAAGAUUGUGGACGUCUUCCCGAUCAUACUUUCGAGGAUUGUAAUGAGACGGAAAGGCACCCAUGGCUGUACAAUCGCCCACAUAACUAUGUGGACUUUGCAGUAGACGAAAAUGGGUUAUGGGUUGUUUAUAUGCGGCCGGAAAGUGACUUUCUUUAUGUCAGCAAAAUUGAGCCGGAUUUCUAUGUUGUGGAUUCGUGGGAAAUCUCGGAAGUGAACGCAACUCAAUUGGCUGAUACUUUUAUUAUGUGUGGAGUACUGUAUGGGCUACAAAAUGCAACCACUCGUGAUUCUCGCAUCAGUUUCGCCUACGAUCUGUUCAGAAACGAGACGAUUCCCGGACAGGUGGCAUGGUACAACCCGUACCAAGGCCUUACAAUGCUGCACUAUAAUCCUGUUGAUAGUCGAUUGUAUUUCUUCGAUGAUCGUCGUCUUCUCAGCGUUAACGUACGUAUGGAUGAGGAGGAGCCAUACUACGAUGAUUAA